AUGGACAUGACCAACUCACUUUCCAUGACCAUCAACCUUGAGCAUUCAAUGAAGGUGAACAGAAAUGAGGGUGUGUUGGUGACCAUGGCCAUUCCAUCUGGACUCGUCGGAGCUCAGGUCGUCCCCAAGUCUAUGACAGCUGUGAAGGCCAGGGUCUACGGACGCUACCCGUCUGAAGAGGACAUGGACAUAGUGGCCGUGCUGUUGUCCGCGGAGAGGGGACUGAGCAUGCAGGCUAACUGGAACAUGGAGAUGCACUUUUACGUCGAUAUGGCUGGAAAUGUAUACAGGAAAAUGCAACGGGGUGCAACCAGAAUGAGCAGUAAUGCAGUAAAUGAUGCCCAUGUCUCCAACGGCAGCCGAGUGUCUUUGUGA